AUUGAAAAUUACUUAACUUCUUAUUAAAAUCUUUCAUAUUUUCCGCCAUUUACCUCAAGUAGUUCAACUGAGCUAAGUUCGUUUUGAUCGGUAUAUUUUGGUUUAUAGCAUCUGCGCCGAUUUUCUUCAAAAGUCCAUAGCAAGUGGGGAAAAAGUGAUAUACAAAAUUACUUAAAUAAAACAUGCUGCAGGGAUUGAUUCAGAGAACCUGCCUGGUGGCAUUCAACACGGCACACACCAUCCUAGUACGCCAGAAGCAUGCCUUCGACCGGGCCGUGCUCAAGCCGAAGGUCCGCUGCCACUUUCCCAAGCCCCGCGAGGUGAAACGCAUCAACGUCCACGGCUGGGACACUCGCAUGUCCACGCCAGAGGGACGUCGUGUACUGAUGCGCAGGAUACUGAAGGGCAGACACAAUAUCUCGCAUUAGCCUCUAUAUCAAUAAAGCUUCAUUUGGAUUUUUACUUUUCAUAAAAGUA